CUUACUCGCACUAGUCCGCGUCGCGCCGCGCCAGCAGACAGGCGAGCAGGCAGGCAGGCGAGCUCCGGAGCCUGGGAAUAAAAAAAAAACACACACACGCACACAUCGCCACCAUCACCACGACGAAACGAGAAAAGCAGCCAACGUCGCCGUCCGCUCUCCACGUUGUUUCAUUCGCAGCGAGGUAGGGCAGUUGAGUGAAUUUCUCCAUGAAUGUACGUCACAAUGAUGAUGACAGACCAGAUUCCACUGGACUUGGCUCCGCCGCCUCUCCUGAACGGGGAGGUCCCGCUCAUGCCGCACAUGGUUAACGGUGAUGCAGCGCAGCAGGUUAUCCUGGUGCAGGUGAACCCGGGGGAGACGUUCACCAUCCGGGCGGAGGACGGCUCGCUGCAAUGCAUCCAGGGUCCCGCCGAGGUCCCCAUGAUGUCCCCCAACGGCUCCAUCCCGCCCAUCCACGUGCCACCAGGAUACAUCUCACAGGUCCUGGAAGAUACCACCGGGGUCCGCCGGGUGGUGGUGACCCCCCAGUCUCCGGAGUGCUACCCCCCCUCCUACUCCCCCGCUUUGUCGCCCACACACCACCUGCCCCCCUACCUGGCCCACCCGCACUUCAUCCCCAACUCCCACUCCUUCUACCCGCCCGUCAGCCCCGGCGAGCUGACACACCACCAGUACUACCAGCACCACCUCCCCCCCAUGUAUGGCGACCCAGAAAUCAUCCCGGUGUACGGCAUGUCCAACUUCAUCCGGGAGGAGACGUACGGAAAGCCGCAACCCAAAAAGAUCAAGGAACAGAGGCAACUGGAGCGACAGAACCGUCUCAACUCACCGCCCUCCACGCUCCAUAAAGGCAGCCUGGGGCCGGCCCAUAACGGUUACAGCGGCAAGUCCCACGCGCCGUCACUGGGGUCAGGAGUCGGCAGUCCGGGCGGCAAGAAACCAGACAGGCGACUUCGCAGCAGUCCGCGCAACGGUGAAGCCGAGGCACACACGCAAGAUCAUGACUCCGAGACGAAACGCAUUCAAGACGUGCUCUCUACAAUCGACAAACCACAGGUGUCCAACCUGCAGGCCCGAGCCGUGCGCCUGUCUUGGGCGCCCCCUACAGGCCUGGCGAGCCGACACAGCAACGGCAUGCCCGUGUCGUGCUCCUACGACGUGUCCCUCUCAGAUAAAGGCCGCGACGGGAAAUUUCGCCUCAUUUACAGUGGCGAAGAACUGGAGUAUCAUCUCAAAGAUCUAAGGCCGGCAAACGAGUACCACGUACGGGUGUGCGCCACGUACAACUCUGUGCGCGGCUCGUGCUCCGAGGCGUGCGCGUUCACCACGCACUGCAGCGUCAGCGUUCCCGACGUCCCGCUCGCCCCCAAACUUUCCCACCGUACCAAAAGCACCCUCUCUUUACAGUGGAAGCUGCCCAACGAAAAUGGACCCAAAAUCACAAACUACCUGCUCGAAUGGGAUGAGGGAAAGAAGAACAGCGUUUUCCGGGAAUGUUACUUCGGGAACCAGCGACAUUGCAGACUGACACGUCUGUUCCCUGCCUGCGCUUAUACCUUCAGGGUGGCGGCACACAACGACAUCGGCACAAGCGGCUUCAGCCCUGAGGCGGUGUUCUACACCAUGGGCACACUGCCCGCGCUGCCUCUGGCGCCGCGUCUGGUUCGGGCCGGCGUGUCCUGGGUCACCCUGGAGUGGGGGCGACCCGAGGGCAGCCCCGGCGAGGAGCAGCUCAAAUAUACCCUGGAGAUCCAGGAGGACAACAGCGGAGCUGACUUUCACCCGAAGUACACUGGAGAAAACUUGACCUGUACUGUACAAGGCCUGAAGAGGAGCACGCAGUAUAAAUUCAGGCUGAUUGCGUCAAACGUGGAAGGCAAGAGCAGUCCCAGCGAGGUGCUGGUGUGCACCACCAAUCCCGACAAGCCGGGCCCGCCGUCCACGCCGUGCGUCGUGGCGUCCACGCCUUACGCCCUCACCGUCACAUGGGAUCCCCCGCAGGACAACGGCGGCUCUGAAGCGCUCACGUAUUUGUUGGAGAUUAGCGAGGGAUGCUCGGAAGCCAACCAAUGGGAGGUGGCAUACAGCGGGCCGGCCACAGAAUGCGUGUGCGACCGCCUGGUGCCGGGGAGCAUGUACCGCCUGCGCGUCUGCAGCAUCACCACCGGGGGGCACAGUCCGUGCACCGUUGGCGUGCCGGUGCGCACGUUAAGCGUUCCGCCAGGGCCGUGCCAACCGCCAAGGAUUGUGGGUAAAGCCAAACACAAGGAGGUGCAGUUAGAAUGGGACUCCCCCGCCGCCGAUGGUGCCAGCGAGGCGUUCACAUUCAGCCUGGAGAUGAGCGAAGGAGAUGCUCAGCCGGCUGAAGUGUUCCACGGGCCGGAGCUGCAGUGCACCGUGGGAAGUCUGCUCCCCGGCGCCACCUACAGUUUCCGGCUGAGGGCUGCCAAUGAGGCUGGGUAUGGUGAGUACUCCCAGCCUACGGUGGUCACAACACUAGCAGGUCCUCCAGGCCAGUGUGGGGCGCCGGUCAUCGUUCUUACCAGUAACACCUGCGUGUCGCUCAACUGGGAGAGUCCCGAGGGUUCGGGCAGCGACAUCUCCGAGUACAUUCUGGAGUGGGGCCGGGAAGACGAGCCCACGGAGCUCAUCUACUGCGGCUCGGCCACGCAGUGCGAAGUGUCCGAUCUCACGCCGGCCACCAGCUACUGCUGCAGGUUACAGGCUGUCAAUCAGGCGGGGGCGGGGCCUCACAGCGAGCAGGUCAGUUUCCAGACACCGGCGACCAUUCCCGACAUGGUGUCCUCGCUCAGCCUCCUGGACCUGCCGGCCUCCUCGGAGCCUGGUCAGUCGCGCGCCACCUGUCUCCUCCUCAAGUGGGAGGAGCCAAACUGCAACGGGGCGGAAAUCACCUCGUAUAUCAUCUCUCUGGAUGAGCGGAGCAUCAUGGUGGAGCCGGCGACCAGUCAUUUGGUUAGCGGUCUGCAGCCAGACAGCGAGUACAGCGUUCAGAUCCAGGCGGUGAAUUCCAUCGGCUGCGGUCCGUCCAGCCCGCCCCUGCUGGCGAGGACGCGGCCACUCCCGCCUGCCCCGCCCCCUCUGGAAUGCACCGCCUCCGGGCCGCAGAGCGUCAAGCUGAAGUGGGGCGAGAACGCCAGCAACCUUCGCUCCUCCCUGCUGGCCGAAGACGUGUACUACACGCUGCAGAUGGAGGACAAAAACCACAGGUUUGUGACCAUCUACCGGGGCCCCAGUCACACCUACAAGGUCCAGCGGCUGACCGAGUCCAGCAGCUACAACUUCAGAAUACAGGCCAUCAACGACGCCGGCGAGGGCCCCUUCUCAAACUGCUACACCUUCUGCACCACCAAGUCUGUCCCUCCUGCCCUUAAAGCGCCGAGGGUGCACCAGCUGGACGGGAACAUGUGCGAAGUCACGUGGGAGUCUAUCCCACCCAUGAGAGGGGACACCGUGAGCUACGUGCUGCAGGUGUUGGUGGGCCGCGAGUCCGAAUACAAGCAGGUGUUUAAGGGCGAGGAGAGCACCUUCCAGAUCUCCAGCCUGCAGGCCAACAUUGACUACCGCUUUCGUGUGGGCGCCUGCCGCCGCUGCCAGGACUCGUGCCAGGAACUGUGCGGGCCGCUCAGCCCCUCAUCCCAUUUCACGCUGCGGCGCCAGGAGGCCUCAGGGGCCGGCGGAGUGGCGGGAGGCGGAUCCUGCGCCGCCUUGGCCGGCCCCGGCCGAGGCGCGGCGGCGAGCCUGAUGUCCAGCGACGAGCGUUUCGCCGCGCUCAUCGUGUGCGUCUUCGCCGGUCUCUCCAUCCUCAUCGCCUGCAUUCUGCAGUACUUUUUGAUGAAGUGAGGGAAUCUUUUUUCUUUUUUCUUACAACAGGAUAGAAAGAGAAAGCAAAACCCAAGAGAAACGUUUUGUAACAGAUUGUCAAGAAAAACACUUGAGACACUCUUCUCCUCCUCAAGGCUUUUAUUUCAGUGUUUGCUUUUUGUAGCCGAGCUGUACCUCCACGCUGAGGGCAAAAAAAAAAAAAAAAACUCAUCCACAAGCCUUAAAAUAGCUGUGAGCAGUCGCUCAGACUGACUUGCGUUUUUUUUAUAUUCGAUUAGAGGACGUGUAUAUUUCCUGGUCAUUGCCUUAAUUUUGUUUUCUUUGUUUUGUUCGCUGCAGUCUUUAUCCACUCAGCCAUAUUCUAAUGUAAGCAUUCAAAGCUUUAGCCGCGCAUAGUGGAUGACAAACACACACACACACACACACACAUGCGCGUGUCGACAAUGACUCAACCGGUGUCAUGUGCGCAACCGCUCCGCUUCUUAACGCUCGCCAAAGUGAUGCAAUCCACGUGUGAUGUAAGAUGCUGCUAUCCUGUGAUAUGUUUGUUUUUUUUUUGGUAGGAUUGAAAACCAGUUAUCUAAUAUAAAAUAGAAAUAUAUAUAUAUAUAGACAGAAGUACACACACACAUAAAAAUAUCCCCAAGUGCGUUGAAAGCCAAGGCGUCAGCAGGUUGGACGUGCUGAUUCUGGAUCAAAUCGGGAAGCCAAUCGGGGCAUUAAACUGGAUCGCAGCUUACCGGCCUUGUCGUCCCCUUUCACGCAGACAUCCUGCAAAAUUAGCUUUUUGCCUUUUACAGGGAAUGGAGAUUAUCAGAACACAUCAAAUGGAUUUUGCUGCGUCUUUAUGCGCUUUUUCGCACAGCAACAUUCUGACAAUUACAUGCUUUGCACAUAACUCUCCAAUUUACCAGUCUGCUUUUACCCCACUGUGAAAUUCCUGGCAGUGUGAAACCCACUUUCACACAGAAACCCAGCAAAAUGAUGGCAUCAGAGCCGUAACACAUUUAUCCAUCCGCCUUUGCCUUUCAUACGAAACCCAGCGAAGAUAAUUCCCUGGGGCUUUCGCACUUUCACACAGAGCUCCUGCAAAAUUGCCGCAUCAGAGCCAAAACAUCAGCUUUUGCCUUACACACACAACCCAGUGAAGAAAAUUCCCUCGUUUAAUACUUGCAGGGAAUCGGUUCGGGUCGAUGUGAAGUGCCGCCUCUGUUUUAUGGCACAGCGGGAUGAAAUUUCCAGAGAUUAUGGGCGGUGUGCCCCUCAGUAUUCUGCCUAUUUUUAGUCUUUUUUUUUUAUCCCACUUCUGAUACACUGGGCAUUCCGAACGCCGUCCCUCUAAUAAACACAAAGCCAAGGUACACACAAUGAAAUGGAAUCUACACGAGGCCUCUAAUGUACCUC